CCACGUGGAAAAGUGUAUUGGCUCGGCCUCGGGGAAAUAAUCCACGUAUCAACCGCUGGGUUAUGUGGAAACGCUUGACUAAUUACACUGAAGAAGAACGGAAGACACGACUAAAAACUUAUUUCAAAUUCAUGUUUGUUCGUGAACCGUUACACCGCAUGGUUUCGGCCUACAAAAGCAAGUUUUUACAGACCCCUGGUUACACCAAAGAUAUCCGCAAAGAAAUAGUGAAAGAAUUUCGACCUGAAAGGUAUGAUCCUGACGGAAAAAAUUUCGUUGGCUUCCCAGAAUUCAUUCAGUACUUUUCCGACAACAAAACGCGAAACCAACAUUGGCGACAAUACGAGAAGAUCUGUCAUCCGUGUGUUAUCGACUACGAUUUUAUUGGCCACUAUGAAACGUUGAAGGAAGAUGCACCCCUUCUGCUAAAAAUGGCUGGCAUCAAAGAGAGUGCAAAGUUCCCACCGAUUCACAAAUCAACCAGCACAGCUCAGGUCGUGAAUUACUAUUCCAAAGUCCCGGUUGAUGUUAUCAAAAGAAUUGGAGAACUGUACCGCAGUGACUUUGAAAUGUUUGGCUACGAAUACCUUGGCCCCAUUAAAAAACUUCUGAAUCAGAGAGAAACGGACCAGGUGAACUUCGUACAAAAGUACUAG